AUGAAAAAGGCGGCAUGUCGCACCGCCUGGGUGUUUGCGCUUACCAUCGCACUGUCUGUCGUUGACGCACUUGUUCUAGAACUCCGUGUAGAUGACGGUCCUCGUACGGAUUUGAUAACGCCUAUCUACUCCAUGCCGAUCUUAGCGGCGACGUCGGAGCAUAUAGAGAUACCUAACUACUUGUUCGCAUUGGAUAAAGGCGGAAGUAUAGAGGGAACUGUCAAGGUUGUAUCUGUACAGGAUACACAAGUUAUGAUGUCUAAAGGAAAAGAAACGAGGAGUGGCAUUAACAGAACACUCGGCGCGCAUUGGACUAGUGCAAUACAGUUCAGACCCAGAAUCGGCGGUUAUAAAACCAACCGAGAUCACUACAGUUGGAUCCAUCUUAUAUAUAACAUUUACAACUGGGCACUCGGUGGUGGAAGUGGGAAGGUUGACGAGAGUGCAGUGAACAGCGUCAAGGGGAUUCCAACCCAGACUCUCGACAAUGUAUACCUGGUGAUAAUGUCCAAAUUGCAGUGGGAUCUAUAUUUCACGUCAAGGAGUGAGCAGCAAAUCGAGCCGUCGAAAGGAAGCAGCCAAUUCAUUGCCAGUGGCUAUUUCGUUGCGGAUAUGCGCAUACCCAUCCCAGCUGUCGGACAGUCAGUAGAUUUCACGUACAAGGUGAAGUCAACUGGUACAUUUGUUAUCCUGCUUUUUAACGCUAACGAGCGCAAACUCCUUCUGGAUGGCAAGGUCACGCUCAUGAACCCGAACAACGAACAUCUUUCCGUCGAAAUGAAAUACUACAGGGGCGUGUUAACGUUAUGGACGGUUGUAUACGCCACCACGGGUAUCUGUGCGUUGCUUUAUUUAAUAUUUUGGGUGGGAAGAACAGCGAAAGGGCUGAAUUAUGUGUUGGCCGUAAACUUCUUAUGUGUAGCCAUCUACCUGCAGCUUGAUCGCCAACUGGUACAUUCAAUCAUUGAGACCGGAACAUACCCAAACAUCCUCUGGACAAUGACGCAUCUAGUAAAAAGGGUGCACGAGAACUGCCUGUUGGCCACACUCGUACUGCUAUCUUUGGGGUGGCAAAUGAUCCGUGAAACUCUCACUCCCACGGAAUUUCGUACGGUGAUAGUGGUAGCGAUAUUUGCCUGCGUCAAUGAAUUUAUUGAAAUACUCGUCAACGGAAUUGAUGUGGCACGUUUUGCUAUUGGUUCCGUGGUUUUCAUCACCAAUAUCAUAGCCCUGAACAUCAAUCAGCUCAUCAUUAGGGCAAGAAUCAUAGACGAGUCUCUCACCAUGCAAACAGGAUUGGCAUACGGGCAACUUAAAGCGUACAAUAUAUUCAAGGCCAGCAUAUUCGCCGGUGCUUUCAAGCCGGUCGUAUACUCCUUGGUGCGAACAUUCUGCUUCAAAACGUCGGCAGAACAAAUGUUCAUCUGGGAUGAGCAUUUCAUGCUGUUCAUAGACCUUAUGUUCGACUAUGCGAUAUAUUGCACUUACUUCGCAGCGUUUAUGCGAAUAUCGCAACCGCCACUAUUCAAGCAUUUAUUCCCUCAGUAUUCAACCUUGCAAUGA